AUCACUCAAGAAUCAAUUUGAACGAGUCGCAGUGGAAGGAAUCGGUUUUUUCAGUCAACCUCUCUGUUCAGUUUAGAGAUCUCUUUUGAGGAAACAUGAAGCUCCAACUCAUUGUCGUCAGCAUUCUUGCUAUGAUUGCCUAUGUUUAUGGCGUGAGCGUUCCAGAGGCGGUUUAUGAUGGACCAACUUAUGAAUUGAAACCGGUGGAAGGCGGAGAAGAGACAGCAGUUAUGAACCCAGAGGUUUCUACCGAUAUGCCUGUUCGACAAAGACGUGUAACGUGUGAUGUUCUCUCCUGGCAAUCACAAUGGUUCACCGUAAAUCAUUCUGCCUGUGCCAUCAAAUGUCUAGCUCAGCGUCGCAGGGGUGGUUCUUGCCGUGGUGGCGUUUGCGUUUGCCGCUAAUCAAAUACUCUUAUAGACUACUUGUCGCACGAAUAUGAUCUGCUCAUGACUCUCGAUUUUCUUACUGCCUGUUUCAUACAUUUCUUUAUACUUGCACUUUGUACCAGCAUCGUUUAUUAAAUAAUUCAUGCUACUA